CGAAGGCAAAGACAAGUCAAAAUGCCGAAAGUUGUUUCUCGAAGUAUUGUGGUAUCGGAUAACAGAGAAAAGGAGGAAUAUGACAAGGAUAAACCUCUGCAGACAUAUUUUUGCCUCUGUGGUCAGAUGGUGUUGAUCAUUGAUUGCCCAUUGGAAAAGUUGCCGUUGAGGAAGCGUGAUAAGGCCAGAGUGAUCGACUCCAACAAACAUGUUCACAAGCUUACUUGCCAACAAGGAGAAACAGUCUAUCUGAGAAGACCUGAAGGAAUCGAAAAGCAGUAUAGACAGAAGUGUAAAAAAUGUGGUCUGCUCCUGUUCUACAGACACAAAGACAAGGAUACUACUGUUACUUUUAUCGUAGAUGAUGCAGUAUAUGAGCCUGACAAAGGACCCCUCAAGGAACCAUUAGCUCUUGAAAACAUUCCAAGUAAAAAGGUUAUGCUGAGUAAGAAGACAAAAUCAAUGGGCAAGUAUUCAACAGUCACCGUCUCAACCAUUGACGAGGAGGAGGAUGAAAUUGAAGCGAGAGAGAUUGCUGACUCCUAUGCCAGCAAUGCCCGUGUGAUUGAGAAGGAAUUCAUGAAGAAAGGAAUGGCUAAAAGAAAACCAGAGGAGCUCCUGCAAGAAGAGAUGGCCAAGAAAGCGAGGACCAAAGGAACUCUCAUUGACCAGAAUCCUUGAAGAAAAUAUACUCUACCAUAGACUUGUGAAAGCACUAAUUUAAUGAAAUGCUAGAUGGUUAUAGACACCUGUGUGCCACCAUGUUAUGAAGGAUAUAGAAGAUUAGUCCGUCAACAGAUUCCUGCCGCAGAUUGCUAAGUACUGAACAAUGUUAUUCGGAUCUAUCCGACAUUUCACUGCAAUAUGGAAUAGCUGCUUUCCUCAAUUAUGUACGAUAUACUAAAAUCUGUGGUCCUCUAGUUUGGAUUUGGGACACCAUCCACAUUGACGUCUCGGGACUGUACUGAUCAAGAGAGAUAUCACUCAUCGUGAACAGAGGGAAACGUGGAACAAGAUCAAAGACAAUGGAGAGUUUCUGGCAGACACAUACUUGUACCUCCAUAAUUGAUGUUUAUGUGUUUUACCUAAAACUGGCGUGUCUGUAGGCAUAAGAUUAAUAGGAUUGGAAUGUUGAUGGUUGAUUUUGAUUGAAGUUUUAAAAUGAAUUAAGGAGUAAGGUGUGGAUCGUAGCCUACACUGUUGAAAAAACGAUGAUUUUACAGAAAAAAAGAAAGAAGAUUUUGCAGAAAGCAAUAACAGAGUCAUUCUGUAAAUUCAUAAAACAGGAAU